CGAUGCGACAGUUUCUCUCUAACACCAACUCCGGCCCCACCGUCUGUGCCCCGAAACCGCGCAUAAGCACCGAAGCAGCACGCGUUAACCGCCUGGCCGACCUCGAAUUCGAGCUUCACAAAGCUUUGCGAGCUGUGAUAGCCUUGCCUCAUGAACAUUCCCAAUUCCUCAACGGCGCCUGCGCCAGGCGAGUACGCUGGAGAUGAGGUCUCAGCAAUUGUCCUCGACCCUGGCUACUCAACCACCCGGGCCGGCUUCGCGGGCGAAGAUGUCCCCAAAUCCGUCUGUCCCUCGUUCUAUGGCCAAAUAGACGCAGAUUCAAGCUCCCAAUACCUAUUCGGCGAGAACGCGAUACACACACCGCGCGCGAACCUUCAGAUCAAGAACCCAUGGGGCGCAGAUGGCAUUGUCGAGGAUUGGGAAACCGCGACGAAGAUAUGGGAAUACGCGAUAACAUCACGGCUGACGGGCACAAAACCUAGCGAUCCUACCAAGAACGGGUUGAACGAUGGCACAAAUGCGAAUGGCGACGCCAUGGACGUGGAUAUGGAUGCUGUGGAGAACCAGGAGAAGCCGCUCGAAGACAGCCCGCUGCUUGUGACAGAGCCAGGCUGGAACAGCGCAAAAGCACGGGAAAAGUACAUCGAGAUUGCAAUGGAAGAAUGGGGAACACCCGCCUUCUACCUCCAGAAAACCGGUGUGCUCGCCGCUUUCGCCUCAGGAAAAGCCUCUGGUAUCAUAAUCGACGUCGGCGCAUCGCACACCUCAGUCACACCUGUGCUCGACGGCAUGGUCCUACGAAAAGGCGUGCAGAAAUCCCCCCUCGCAGGCAACUUCGUAUCCAACCAAAUCCGACUCAUCUUCAAGCAGUCGCAGCCCGAGGUCCCGCUAACGCCCCACUACAUGGUGAAGUCGAAAACGCAAGUCGACGCCGGAGCGCCCGCCCAAGCCAUAUAUAGGAACUUCGACGUCCCACCUACGGAUUCGUUCCGUCGCUACGAGGAAGAGCGCGUCUUGACUGAGUUCAAAGAGUCUGUGGUGGAAAUCUGGCCGGGGCCCGGACGCCUCUCUAACACUGGCAAUGAGGAUAUUGCGAAAUCGAUGCCCGGCCGCCCGUUUGAAAUGCCCGAUGGAUGGAACCAGGUCUUCGGCGCUGAGCGCUUCAGGCCCGCAGAAAGUCUAUUCGACGCCAACGCCGCGAUUCAAGACUCGGAGAACCCACGACCAAAAGAUGAGCAGACAAUCCCGCGACUCGUGCAGGCAGCGGUGCAGCACGUCGACGCAGACCAGCGGCCACUGCUACUCCAGAACAUCGUGGUCACGGGUGGCUCAACGCUUCUGUACAAAUUCAACGAUAGGUUGAACUACGAGAUCAAUUCUAUCUAUCCAUCAACGCGGAACAAACUCAUCGCUCCCGGCCAGGUUGUGGAGAGGAAGUAUGCUGCAUGGAUUGGAGGCAGCAUCCUGGCGAGCUUGGGCAGUUUCCAUCAGCUCUGGAUAUCGAGGAAGGAGUACGAGGAGCAUGGAGCGAACAUUGUGGAGAAGAGGUGCAGAUAGAAGCAACUGCUGGGAUUCUGUCUGGGCAUUUGGGCAAUACCAGGAGGCGCUAAUGGUCAAAAACUUCCAAGAUUUCUAUCACCUUGUCUGAUUAGGGCGGAGCAAUAUCACGAUCGACUACGCCUUGUAUGUAGAUCGAAAACUUCUGUCUUGAUGACCGUGUUUGCCCCUAUCCGGCUGCCAUAGAUGUCUAAAUCCGGACUAUAAUACAUGUCCUUUGCCCAAAUGCCGGCGUGCAAGGCGUUGAUCUGGAGUUCAUCUGGAGUUC